AUGAAAACUAUAGAUUUAUCUGGGGAAAUACCUAGUCAUGAGCAAAUUAAAUUAGGUGAAGUCUCCAAGAUCAUUUUUAAAGCAAGGAAGACAGUCGUGUUAACGGGAGCUGGGAUAUCUUGCAAUGCAGGUAUUCCAGACUUUAGAUCAAGUGAUGGGUUGUAUAAUAUGGUGAAAAGUAAGUUUCCUAAGAAAAUAGUGAAGGGUCAAGACUUGUUCGACAUAUCGAUUUUCAGAGAUGAGGUAACUCUCCUGUUGUUUUGUACUUUUAUGGAGUCGUUGUACCUGUCCAGUAUUGAUGCAAAGCCGACUGAAACACAUCGGUUUAUUAAGAUAUUGAAAGAGAAAAAGAAGUUGCUCCGUUGUUACACACAGAAUAUCGAUGGUUUGGAAGAUAAGAUGAAUUUGAAAAUGGGGAUCAACUUGAGUGAGUUUGAUUGUAAUGGACCAUUUAACAAGACGUGGCAGGACUUGGAUGUGGUUCAGUUGCAUGGAAAUAUCAACAACCUUGCAUGUACCCAGUGUUUCCAUAGUUUUAACUGGAACGUCGAAUACAGAGAGCAAUUUUCGAAUGGAUCCAACCCGGAGUGUAAGAACUGUUAUUUGAAGUAUCAGGAAAGGUUGUAUCUGGGUAAGCGUUUGACAGGCAAUAUUGGUAUGUUAAGGCCAAAUAUUGUGUUGUACGGAGAGAACCACCCGCAAGCGGAAAUUCUAGCCAACGGACUUAAUAAAGAUGUGAAUUUAAAGCCUGAUUUGUUUAUUAUAAUGGGUACUUCUUUGAAAGUCGACGGGAUCAAGAAGUUGGUGAAGACUUUGGCCCAAUCGGUGCACAAUAGAGGUGGCACAGUCCUUUUCGUGAACAAGACUCCUAUAUCACAAGCCAUGUGGAGCAACAUUAUAGACUACGAAAUUCUAUGCGAUUGUGAUGAGUUUGUAAAAUUGUUGAAAUACGAAAUCCCCGACCUUUUCCUUACUCAAGAGCAAUUGGAUUCAAAGAAGUUAAACCAAAACUUGAUGUCAUCUCCAUUAACCAAAGCUCAAAUAAAGAAAGAGCAAAUCCUGAAGUCUCAAUGCAAAAAGCCUACAAAAGCCUAUGUCAAGAAGGAGCCUAUACGGCGGGUUAAAAAAGAGUCUACGAGGCGAACAAUUAAGAAAGAGACCUCGAUACCGUCGCAUAUAAAACAGGAAAAUUCCCAAGCAUUCGAAUCCGUACAAAAAUCCUUAUGUGAAGAGAGGAAACAGCAUAUCAAACUAGAAAGCUCUAUCUAG